AUGUCUUUGACUGUCGAGCUCAAGACACCCGUUACGGGUUCUUACCAUCAGCCCAUCGGUCUCUUCAUUAACAACGAGUGGGUUGAGGGUGUUGACAAGAGAAAGUUCGACGUCAUCAACCCCGCUACCGAGGAGGUUAUUACCUCUGUUUGCGAAGCCACCGAGAAGGACGUCGACCUUGCCGUUGCCGCGGCCCGAAAGGCUUUCGAGACCACAUGGAAGGAGACUACCCCGCAACAACGAUCUCGCCUGAUAAUCAAGCUUGCUGACCUUGUUGAGAAAAACCUCGACCUCCUUGCUGCUGUGGAGUCUCUUGACAACGGCAAGUCCAUUAACAUGGCCAAGGGUGAUGUUGGCGCUGUUGCUGGCUGCAUCCGAUACUACGGCGGGUGGGCCGACAAGAUUGAGGGCAGGACUAUUGAUAUUGCCCCUGAUAUGUUCCACUACACCCGACCAGAGCCCCUCGGAGUAUGCGGCCAAAUCAUUCCCUGGAACUUCCCUCUUCUCAUGCUCUCCUGGAAAAUUGGUCCCGCUCUGGCCACUGGAAACACCAUUGUCAUGAAGUCCGCCGAACAGACACCACUGUCGGCGCUCGUUUUCGCCAACCUGGUCAAGGAGGCUGGUUUUCCGCCUGGUGUCUUCAACCUUGUCUCCGGUUUCGGAAAGGUUGCUGGUGCCGCCAUCUCCUCCCACAUGGACAUCGACAAGGUUGCCUUCACUGGUUCCACUGUCGUCGGCCGCACCAUUAUGAAGGCUGCUGCUUCUUCAAAUCUGAAAAAAGUUACCCUGGAGCUUGGUGGCAAGUCUCCCAACAUUAUUUUCAACGAUGCCGAUAUCGAACAGGCCAUCUCAUGGGUCAACUUUGGUAUUUACUUUAACCACGGACAGUGCUGCUGCGCCGGUUCGCGUAUCUUGGUCCAGGAAGGCAUCUACGACAAGUUUCUCGAGGCCUUCAAGAAGCGAACUCAGAAGAACAAGGUUGGCGACCCUUUUGCAGAAGACACUUUCCAGGGUCCCCAAGUCAGUCAGCUUCAGUACGACCGUAUCAUGGGCUACAUCAAGUCUGGUAAGGAUGAGGGCGCAAAGGUUGAGAUUGGCGGUGAGCGACACGGUGACAAGGGAUACUUCAUCCAGCCUACCAUCUUCAGCAACGUCACCUCUGAAAUGAAGAUUAUGCAGGAAGAAAUUUUCGGCCCUGUCUGCGCCAUCUCCAAGUUCAAGGACGAGGAGGAAGCCAUCAAGUUGGGCAACCAGACGACCUAUGGCCUUGCUGCCGCCAUUCACACCAAGGACCUCAACACUAGCAUCCGUGUCAGCAAGGCGCUGAAGGCUGGAACCGUCUGGGUCAACUGCUACAACAUGCUCUCACAUCAACUGCCAUUCGGUGGUUUCAAGGAGUCUGGUAUUGGUCGCGAGCUUGGUGAGGCUGCCUUGGCCAACUACACCCAGAACAAGAGUGUUGCUGUGAGACUUGGUGGUGCCAUGUUCUAA